CUUUUAUAAACAAGCAGAGCUCAGAGCCUCUAAUGGAGACCACCCAAAACCAGAGUUUAAUAUCAACUGUAUGCAUUAAUAAACAAAUAAUAAAAGCUGAAAAAUUUCUGGAAUCGGAAGAGAGUAAGAUAAAUUUACAAAUUUGGUCUACUUCUGCUAUAAAUAUGAAGGUUAAGAAGGGUUGAUUUAAUAAAGAUAAAUUAGUUUCUAUUAAAAUUGAUGCUAUGGAAGAUAUACAAAUGCUGAAGAAAAUCAAUGGUAUCCCUCUUGCAAAUAUUUAUUGAGUUCAAAUUCAAAAUUAUACCACCAAUUGAAAAUAUGUAAGAAGUUGUAUGGAAAGUAUUAGUCCCACAAAUUUAGGUUCACUGGCAAUAGCAUCAGAUAUAUUGAGGAAUAUUCAUCAAUUUAUGCCGAUGAUAACCAGAAGUAGCCACAUUAUCAAAGGAAAAGUAUUUCUAUGAAACUAUAAUAUCAAUGAACCUCAAUUCAAGAGAAUAUUUGCUGCCAAUAAACUAAAAUUUAAUUGCCCAUUUAUGGGCUGCAUAAUAUCUCUACCUACAGUUCUUGACCUUUCCAUUUGACUCAAAGGAACAAAGAUAAAAUAUCUUAAUUUCAAGCGAAGGUGUAAAAAUUUACUUAUGCACUGGGAAGAGAACCCACAAGAGCUUGAGAAUUUCGUGCAUGCCAUAUCAAAAUCAGAUUUGAGACUUACAUUAAAAAAAAUCAAAUUAAGUUUGAACUUUUCUGAAAAGAGCCUUUUCCAAAAAUUAUUGAGAAGAUACAAUCUGAGUCAUGUUAUAGUCGCCGAAAGCUAAUAUUAAGGA